AAUAUGAAUCUGGUAUUCGCUAGCGACUGAUUACGGUAUGAAUUUGCUUGAAGUUCUAGUUAGACAUCGUGACCAGUGGUGUCUGUCAGGUCGGGUGUGAAGACAAAUACUCGCUUAUACAUCGUUAGGCGGUCACACUAAAAUCGCGAAUCGACAGGAGUUAGAAUUUGUGGGCCAUUAGAUUCUGUUAUAAGCGGCUGAAUGGUCAGCAAGUUUGACCAUGUAACACCCAAACGUCAUGGUGAGUUCGAUGUCAGAUGAGGUCAUGGUUGCGUGCUGAUGAUGAUUCCCGAGCUAGGACGAAACAGCUAUCUGGCACUCCUUGAUUUUCACUGUUUCUCUAAUACACAUCCUACUUGAGGUAAAUCGAAUCCGUACAAAUUAACCGUUGAGAGAAUUUUUAUUCUAGAACAAAUUAUUUGAGCAACUCGAGAUUAUGAUGAAUUAUUCAUUAAAUGUAAAUGGGGUGAUUGCAAUCAGUUGUUCCCUAAUUAUACUCGUCUUCAUGUUCAUUUAAUGAGAUGUCAUAUAAAAUAUGCAACGCAUAUUUGUUUAUGGAAUGAUUGUCAAAUGAAUACUCUUCAAGAUCAUCUGCAAUUAUUACGUCAUGCAUUGUUACAUGCAUUUUUUGAAGAUUGUAUAGUUAAUACCAAUAAACUACUUAAAUCUCAUCAUGAAACAUGGAGUUUUGUCUGCUCUGGACCCAGUUAUCAAAAACCAGCUUAUCGUCAACGAUCAACAGACACAUUCUUAUCAAAUCCUGUAAUUUUACAGGAAGGUUUCCGUUGUCAAUGGAAAGAUUGUCAUUUCGUUACAGAUGUAGCCGUCUUAUUGGUGUAUCAUGCUUUUCAUCAUGCUUAUUUAAAAAUGGAUAGUGAUGAUGACAAUGACGAUGGUGAUGAUGAACGCCAUGAAGAUAGUUCUCAGUUGAUUUGUUUAUGGCAAUCAUUAGAUAAUGAUAAAAGAAAUAAUUCAACAGAGUCGAAUACUUGUAACUUUGUAUGUAAUCGUCGUUCGUUACUUCGUCGUCAUGUGCGUCGUCAUACUGGAUUACCAAAUUACAUUUGUUCUAGCUGUCUGUCUUGUUUUACAGAGUUUGUUAGUUUCAAAGAACAUUUUAUAUGCAGUGUAUUUGGAGAUCAGCAGAAUGAGAUACGAUAUAAUGAGCCAGGCAAUGAAGAUAACCACUGUCCAAUUGAAUUGAAGAUUAUCGAGGAAUCGAAAUUUUUCCCAAAACAUCUUGAAGGCAGAGCUUUAUUUCGAUGUCCUACAUGUAUUAGAGAGUUUAUAACAAAAGAAUGCUGGUCUACCCAUAAAAAUGGAUGUCCCAAGUCAAAAAACAAAAUGAAGCCUACUGUGUCUACUAUUGCUACUACUUCAACUACUACUAAUACUAAAACUGAUGAAGUAAUAAAUCCAAAACCAUCGAAAAAUAAUGCUGUUAUAAAUCCUCGAAAACGUGUUUCACAACCAUAUUAUAAAACAGUUGCAAAUACUACUGACUAUCUAUACUGUUGUCAAGUCGGUAAUUGUACAUAUAAGUCAAGUAAAUUAACUGGAUAUCGUUUUCAUUAUAGACGUUAUCAUUUAAGUAGUAAUCCUGAUGGUCUAUGGUAUUCAUGUCAUAUAUGCACAGCAUACAAAGCCCGUAAACCUUGUACAAUAUCUCAUCAUUUAAAGACUGUACAUUCAUUUAAAGUACCUGAUGGAUAUGAAGAAAGCCAAUCGAAUGAGGAGGUACUUACUUCCGCUGAAUUAUUAGAACGUUUAUAUCAAGUGUCUUGACAUACAUGGAAGGAUUAACUAACACACGUUUGUUUGCACGCUUUUUAAUUCGACCCAGUUACAUGAUACAUGAUUCCCAUACGUCACAUACGCCUUCCUAUUCAACUUUGCUAUGCACUGGUAGAGCUAAAUUUUAUGUAUAAGCGGAGCGAGGAUCAUAAUGAAUCAGACGCGGAUGCCACUUGAGUCGGAGUGUAAUUGACACAACUACAGCCGGAUAUUUUAAUGCUCUAUGAGAAGUGCAGUACUCACCAAGGAAGUAAGAGAUGACAAUGGAUGCAUUCCCACUGGAAUGUCACAAAAAUUGAAUUACAUUCUGACUAAUGCUAAUGUGCUAUUUGCGUUCAAAUCAAAAAUUCAUUCGGUCAUAGACUCCACGAAAGUUCUGCGUUGGUAAAAUACUGCUCCACCUCUCCGCGAAACCAGAGCCAGUUUCACUGGAUUGAUGCCGUUAUUUUCUGAUGCGACACAGCGCACAGAUCGAGUUGCUCUGAUGAACACUGUGAACUGGUAAAUGAGGUUAUUCACACAGGUGUCGGACAGUAUACCUGAAGUACUCUUAAAUCAAGUGGAGUACAUAGCACACAUUGCAUGCUAAGCGAAAGGUCUGUUAUUAAUGACGUCUCUUCAGGUAGCAGAAUGACCAUGUGGCGCCAAGGAACCUGCGUUCCCACGGAGUUUGUUUCAGACGAAUAUAAUCAAAAACUCCUGAUGAACACCAGGAAUUUAUACCCACCGAAUUAAAGAAGAAAACUCAUCAACAAAGAGGCAAUCAUCUUCAAACGAAUAAAAGACAGUGUCCAAUUAGUGUGAGAACGACUGGAACAUUCAUUUCCGCCUUUACGAAUAACUGAACAAAAUGAAGAGAAAGUGUGAAAGAUGUUU